GCAACCGCCGCCGCCGCCGCCGCUCGCCCCACCACAUCACCGCCGUCUCCGGCCCCCCACCCACGUUCGUUCGACGUACCCGGCACCACAUUCUUUCCUUAUUUUUUUUACGCAUCUACACUGUAUAUUAUACACGCGCUCCGUCUCCGUCGCACCACCCGUCUUUUUUCUCUCCCGGCGUCGCGCUCUCGCUCGCCGUCUCUCUCAUCGCCGUCUGUCCCUCUCGCUUGCCGCGCGUCUGUUCGUUCGGUCUUCCUGAUCUCCGCCACCGCCGCCGCCGCCGCAGCCGACGUCCCUUUUUGCACGCGGGCAACAGGUUAAAACGUGCACAGACUCGCGCACCGCGGCCGACGACGCGCUGCUUACAUGGUUUCCAGACAACCACCGCUGUCGUUGUACGCGGCCGUCAGAAAAAUGUCCACGUUCGCCGGUCAGGUGGACAGACACAGAGGCGUCGUCGUCAAAUCCACCGUAGCCGCCACGGAACAAGAGAAAUCGACGGAAUUCGGUCCCAAGCUUGCGAGAUCUCUAAUUAAAUGGUCGGCGGAUGAACAGGUGCACUUGGUGUGGUUCCGGAUAGCUCGCCAGCAUGCGCAUUGGAUUUCAGAAUUGGCCAAGAACAAUUUCCUGUUUCACAGAACAUCACCGGACGGUAACGAACUGUGGAUGUACAAACGUUUAAGGGGUGAAAGCACAUCUACGGUUGACUCCCCUCAUACGUACACGGGCGCAGGAGGUCUAGUGAUACGCGACGAUCAUUUGUUAGUCGUCAAAGAGCAUAGCAUUCCAUUUUGGAAAUUGCCCGGAGGUUAUGUAAAUCCUGGAGAAAAUAUUGGCGAAGCUGCUGUUAGAGAAGUAUUUGAAGAGACGGGCAUCAGAGCCGAAUUCGUAUCUUUAGUGGCGUUCAGGCACGUUUUAAGUGGGAGUUUCGAUUGUGCUGAUAUGUAUUUCGUCACAAACUUGCGACCGUUAACUUUCGACAUUGUGAUUGAUAAAGAGAUAUCAGAGGCUAAAUGGAUGAAGUGCGAAGACUUUAUAACGAGUCCAGAUGUUGGCGAACACAGCCGUUUUUUCGUCAAAACGUUUUUAGAAAAUUCUAAAAAUGGCAUCACGAUGAAAGCGAAUAAAGCAAUUCAUCAAUUUACCAAUAAAGAAUUUAUCAGCUACGCCGCAUCGUACAGCGGACCGACAAGUUCUGGUGCAGAUGAUGUUUGAGCGCACAUCAUAGCGGAAACAAUUGUUUUCAAUACGUUAUUAGGUGUACAUUACACGCCUAUGUUAUUUGGUGUCGUUUGUGUAGGAUUAUAUAAUACAUAAUAUUGUUUAUACUGUUAUUAUUGUUGAUUAUUUUUAUUGUAGUUUCAAAUUAGGUGUAAUGCUGCGCGAUACUAUAUAGCAGACAAACGGCCAAAAAUAAUUACGGCACACGUAAAUACAUAAUGUUAUUAUUAUAAUCAUGUGUAGUACAUAUUAUAUUAUGUAUAUAUAUAUUACGCCGUUGGGCUGUUUGUAAUCUGUGUGUCGUUGCUGUAUGUGUUUGUUCUCGUGUAAAUAAAAUAUUUUUUCUGUCAAAAACGGUGCGCAGCGCGAUUUCAAUUUUUUAAAACAAUAUCAUUAUAUACGUAAUAUACACGUGUCAUAUUCAUAUUAUAAUAUAAUUUAUAGUAUACUGUAAAUUGGCGAUAUACGAGUAAAAUAUACUGAAUAACUGUAGAAAGAGCUGAAAGA